GAGAAAUUACUUACGAGAUGGACAAAGGGACGUUUGUUUUCCUGGCUCUAACUUUCCUGAUGGUGAGAGGAAACCAUCAAUAUGAGAACAACAAUCCAAACUUGGAAUAUGUGAGAAGAGCGGGUCACCUUGAGAGUGCUCAUCCAGAAACAGCUGCCAUGGAUUCAGGCCGUAAUGGUAUAUUACGACCGUUUCCACACUACUCGUGGCCGAAACGCUACUUCGACGAGAUCGACAGAGCCGCGAUGGGAGGAGCGUUCAAAAAAAGAACAUUCGACGAAAUUGACACGGCUGCUUUUGGAGGACUGAAGAAACGAAACUUUGACGAAAUCGACACGGCUGCGUUUGAUGGAAUCAAAAAGCGCGGAGCUUAUUAGAUUUCUGGUUAAUUUCGUUCGACGUUGUAGGUUGGAAAAUAUGUUGUCGCUUAUAUAUCAUAAUACAGAAAUAUAAUGUCGUGCAGUUAUUGAACACAUAAAUAAAAAGCAAUUACUAUGAA